AUGUCGAGCUUGGAGAUCAGCUCCUCCUGCUUCAAUCAGGAGACGAAAUUGCCGUUAUCCCUUCCAUUAGUGGAGGGUAGUACUUUUGAGCCACCUGGAAAAGAUAUGAAUGAAGUUGAGAAAUCUAAAGAUACAGUAAAGUUCACACCUGAGAAACUUUCAGUAGAUGAAGUCUCACAGCUGGUGAUUUCUCCACUCUGUGGCGCAAUAUCCCUAUUGGUAGGGACUACAAGGAAUAAUUUCAAAGGGAAAAAAGUCAUUAGCUUAGAGUAUGAAGCAUAUCUACCAAUGGCAGAAAAUGGGAUAAGAAAAAUUUGUAGUGACAUUAGACAGAAAUGGCCAGUCAAACACAUAGCAGCGUUUCAUCGACUUGGCUUGGUUCCAGUGACAGAAGCAAGUGUUAUCAUUGCUGUGUCCUCAGCCCACAGGGCUGCAUCCCUUGAAGCUGUGAGCUAUGCCAUUGAUGCUUUAAAAGCCAGGGUGCCCAUGUGGAAAAAGGAAAUGUAUGAAGAAUCAUCAUCAUCUUGGAAAGGAAACAAAGAAUGCUUCUGGGCAACCAGUGCUUAA